GCAAUAUAACAAAGUAGCUGAAAAUAUAGAGAAAGAUUUUUCAAGGAUAUUAGGUGGCAAGACGAUAAGAACUUUACAAAAAAAAGUAAAGACAAUGAAAGUCAAUACACAUGGCAAUAGAGAACAAGAGUCUUCAGGAGUCAUUAAUAUUGACUUAUCAGCCAAUAAAUUUCCAUCAACAGUACCACCUGAUAACAACGAUGAAAUUGCUGAGGAAUCUAUUAUAGUAAUAUAUCUGAUAAUGAAAAAUCAGUGUCAAAGGACAUUGCUUCCAGUAAAGAUAGAAUUUCACUAG